GUCAACAGGAAUCAACAUGACGAUGUUUGACAGCAAAUUAAUCUUUGUUCUCCUGGCUGUUUUGGCGCCAUCACUGGGGUCCCAACCUGAACCCAAUGAGCUUCCCGACAAGCUUGAAAGUUUAUUGGUCAAUUUAAGAGCAGCUAAGGCUGACUUUCAGUGUAUCUUUGAGAUCACCAACCAGCAGUGCCCAUGUUUGGAUCCAAAUUCGGACUGCUUUGAAACCACUCUACUAGAACUGAAUAGCACCUUAUGUGACCUGAUCAGCGACCUUGAGAGAGUGAUAGCAUCUCAACCAAUUGAUUGUCCUCCACUCGAAGGAUGUGCUGCACUUGUGGCUGGAUGCUCGUCUUCUGACAUUGCUGUGGUUGACCCCGUUGGAACGAUCCUUCCAAGUAUAGACGCAGGCAGUGACGUCAGCGCGCUUACAGUUUGUGGAUCUCAGGAUUCUGAUUACUCCAUCUACUACAUCACGAAUGACCUUAUAGGGACAUUCAUUGUGUUCUGCUUGGCCCUUCCAAAUGGGACUAUAAGCAGUCUUGGAUCGGAUGUGAUUGGUCUAGGAAUCGGUAUUGCGUGUUGUGGAGAUGACGUUUUCGUCUCCAUUGAAGACAACGAUGGACACCACGUCCUUCUGCGUCUUGAUAUGUCGGGAAAUGGCCACGCGCUUCUCACGGUUGCAUGUAGCGGGAUAGUCAGAGCUUAUAACAGGCGAGUGUAUUUCAGCAACUGCAAGGAAAUCCAGUGCGUCAACAAAUCAGGUGAAGAUUUGGAAACCAAAGUGAAGUUUUCGACGAACAUUAAGUCGUUUGAUGUCGUUGACGAAGAAAGGAUAGUGUUUUGUGAUACUGCUGGUGGGCUGUGGAUCUACAACAUCAACGAAGACUGUUUCAAGCUGCUGGACUGCAAUGCCACCAAACCAUGUUGUGAUGUCAAGAUCAACAACUGUACAUCGCUCAUCUACGUGGCCUACUCUUCUGAUGCUGACCUUGACAUUUUCAACCCCGAUACCUGUGAAAAGGAUGGAACGUUGACCUACACCACGUCCGAGCCCACUGAAUGCCCGAGGCUCGAGUUCAAACCUCCCUGUGACUAGAGGAAAUCAAGGGAAACGACUAAUGCAGGUUAAGUAUGCCUGUGAUUUCGAGUUACAGUCAAGUCUGUAAUCAAUAAAACGUUC